AUGCUAGAUACUCGAGGAGUCUCUUUCAACCAUGCUGCCAAAGAUAUGGAAAACAAAAGGGCGAAGUUUGCAGCAAGAAAAGUUGGGCCUUUCGAAAUCAUCAAGAUGAUAAAUCCCAUCGUGGCAAAACCCAGGUCGUCGCUAAGCAUGAAAAAAAAUAAUCAAACCUUCAGUGUUGAUGUGCUGUUAAAAUAUGAACCAACACCUGAUAAAUUCUUUAGUCGUCGUAUCCCUAAAGCGUCCAAGUUUGUGAACAAUUACUCAGCGGAUCAGCUUCAAAUCAUUCGGCGUCUUUUGAAGAAGAGACAAUUUAAUCGCCAACCAGAAUGGCUUGUUCAGUGGCAUGGUGAAACAGAAGAAGAAGCUAGCUGGGAAAAAGAGAAAGAUAUUCGACAUAUAGCUCAUUGGAACAAUCUCGUCGUCGAUUUUAAACAGCGCCAACAAAAAUUGAAAUCGGUGAGGAUGUGA